GGGAUCUUAAUGAAUAUUAUCCAGUGUUAUGCACCCAUCAAUGAUAGCCACGACGACAUUAAAGAUCAGUUCUAUGAGAGGUCGCAAUCAAUCAUAGUGAAGUGCCCAAGAAAGGAUCUCACCAUUCUGAUGAGAGAUCUAAACGACAACACCGGAUAUGAAGAUAUCACGGGACGACAUGGACUGGGACAGAGAAACGAAAAUGGGGAAAGAUUUGCAAAUCUGUGUGCAUUCAACAAAUUGGUCAUAGGGGGCACAAUAUUUUCACACAAAUGUAUACACAAGGCUACAUGGAUCUCACCGGACCACACUACAGAGAACCAGAUAGAUCAUAUCUGAAUCAAUAAAAAAUUCCGAAGAACAAUGGAAGAUGUGAGAACCAGGAGAGGAGCUGACAUGGUUUCAGAUCACCAUCUAGUUGUGGCCAAUUUAAAACUGAAGCUAAAGAAAAACUGGACAACUGGACAAACAACACUACAAAGGUUCAAUACAGCCUUCCUUCGAGAUGCCAACAAAAUCAACGAAUUCAAGAUAGCUCUCAACAACAGGUUCCAAGCCUUACAAGAUCUACUGAAGGAAGAAGAAACUACUAUGGAGGACAACUGGAAAGGUAUCAAAGAAGCAUUAACUUCGACGUGUCAAGAGGUUCUGGGUCUAAAGAAGCACCAUCAUAAGGAAUGGAUCUCUAUAGAAACAUUGGACAAGAUCAAAGAAAGGAAGAACGAGAAGACAGCAAUUAAUAACAACCGAACACGAGCAGAGAAAGUCCAAGCACAAGCUGAAUACAUAGGAGCAAACAUGCAAGUGAGGAAGAGCAUUAGAGCCGUCAAGAAGAAAUACGUGGAAGAACUAGCAACGACGGUGGGAAAAGCUGCAAGGGAAGGAAAUACGAACCAACUUUACGAUGCAAAGAAGAAACUAGCAAGGAAAUACAGUAAACCAGAGAGACUGGUCAAGGACAAAGAAGGCAAGCCAAUCACUGAAAUUCAACAACAGCGGAACAGAUGGGUAGAGUACUUCGAGGAACUCCUGAAUAGGCUGGUUCCAAUGAAUCCACCGGACAUCGAAGCAGCGCACACAGAUCUUCCUAUAGAUGUCAAUCCACCAACGACGGAAGAAAUCAGAAUGGUCAUCAGACAAAUCAAGAGAGGGAAAGCAGCAUGACCAGACAAUAUACCAGCUGAAACUCUUAAGUCAGACAUCGAAGUAACUACAAGCAUGCUUCACCUUCUAUUCAUGAUUUGGGAGGAGGAACAAGUGCCGAUGGACUGGAAAGAAGGACACCUCAUCAACAUUUCAAAGAAAGGACAUCUGAGCAAAUGUGAAAACUACAGAGGCAUCACACUACUGCCAGUACCAGGGAAGGUCUUUUAACAGUGUUGCUGAACUGGAUGAAAGAUGCGGUAGACGGUCAACUUUGAGAUCAACAGGUCGGAUUCCGUAAGGAUCGGUCAUUCACAGACCAAAUUGCGACACCAUGGGUCAUCGUCGAACAAUCAGUUGAAUGAAACUCGUCACUAUACAUCAACUUCAUUGACUAUGAGAAGGCGUUUAACAGUGUAGAUAGGAGAACGUUAUGGAAAAUUCUUCGACACUGUGGAGUUUCUGAGAAGAUUGUCAACGUUAACUGGAACUCACACGACGGACUACAGUGCAAGGUCAUGCAUAGAGGACAGCUGACAGACACAUUCCAAGUAAGGAACGGAGUCAGACAAGGCUGUCUACUCUCUCUCUUACUCUUUCUUCUGGUGGUCGACUGGACUAUGAAGAUUUUGACAUCCAAGGGAAAACAUGGCAUACAAGGUACGGCUCAGAACCAGUUAGACGAUUUGGACUUCGCAGAUGACCUAGCCCUCCUAUCGCAUACACACGAACAGAUACAGAUAAAGACAACCAGAGUAGCAGCAGUUUCUGCAUCAAUAGGCUUCAACAUACACAAGGGGAAAACCAAGGUCCUCAAAUACAACACGAAGAACAUCAAUCCAACCACUCUUGAUAGCGAAACUCUGGAAGAUGUAGAAUCCUUCACAUAACUGGGAAGCAUCAUCGAUGAACAAGGAGGACCCGUUGUAGACGUAAAGGCGAGGAUUGGCAAAGCAAGGGCCGCAUUCCUUCAGUUGAAGAACAUAUGGAACUCAAAACGACUGUCAACCAAUAUCAAAUUCAGAAUCUCUGAUACCAACGUCAAGCCAGUUCUACUGUACGGAGCUGAAACUUGGAGAACUACAACAACCAUCAUCAAGAAGGUAUAAGUAUUUAUAAAUGGUUGUCUACGCAACAUACUCAACAUCCAUUGGCCGGAUACCAUCAGCAACAGCCUUUUGUGGGAGAGAACAAAGCAGCUUUCAGCUGAAGAAUAAAUUAGGAAAAGACGAUGGAAAUGGAUAGGACAUACACUACGCAAAUCGUCAAACUGCAUCAUGAGACAAGCCCUAACUUUGAAUCCUGAAGGAAGGUGGAAAAGAGGAAGGUCAAAGAACACAUUACGUCGGGAAAAGCAGAUAUGGAAAGGAUGAACAACAACUGGAAGGAGCUGGAAAGGAUUGCCCAGGACAGGGUUGGAUGGCGAAUGCUGGUGGGCGGCCUAUGUUCCUUCACGAGGAGUAACAACAGGCGUAAGUAAGUAAGUAAGUAAGCUUGAGACGUCACAUUUCAAAAAUAUCUAGUAAAAGACACCAAAGUAUAUUUUUGAUAAAUUGGUAAUAACUUGAAAACAUACCACACAUAGUAGUUGGCAGAGUAAUAUACACUUUAACCGUACCUAGUAACUUCCCUUUCACACACUUACCCUACGAAAAUAUAUCACAUUUUAAGUAAACUCUCAAAGUUAAUCUAAGUUAAUUUAAUUACCAAAGAAAAUUUGAUUGACCACAUGAUUUGAGUAAACUGAGUACAGAAAAAAGAAUUAGUGAUUUAAGUUUACACACCAUUUAACACAUAGCACUUCACUGAUUAAUAAUUAGUUCAAAAUAAUAAAAUGAUGGACUGGAAAAUAUCACAGAUGCAAAGAACUAAUGAAUGUUUCUCAGUAGAACAAGACUAUCCCGUUGCUGAUUAUGAGUUACUUGAAACAACCAAAAAAGACUACAAACCGAUAAAUGUAUUCUGAUUUUUGUUUAUACAGUAGAAAAGUACAAACCUGGUAAACAUUGAAGUAAUAGCAAACGUGUAAUAUAUCAUUUCCCAUAAAACUAAUCUUAGUUGACAGUAGGAAAUUGAUCUUUUUCUUCCAAAUGGAUUACAACUACAAAUAUGAAAUGUUGAUCUCUGUCAUUAAGAAAGAAUAAAUUUUUUAAAUUCCAUAAUGAUCAGAACUAGGGCAAUAUUGUGCAGUUAGGUAGAAGGACAGAUUUCUAAUUACAAUCAUUACUACAAGACCUACAUUUUUAGGGCGUUUUUUUUCAAAAUGAAUUUAAAGACUUCAUGAUCAAAAAAUCGAAACACAAGAAACCUUGAACUGACUAAUCCUGAUUAGUAAUUGAUUUAUUGUUUAAUUUUUAGGGCUGAUUGAAUUAUAUAGAUUGUAUUUACAAUUUGAAUAAUAGACUAAGUGAUUCAAACAGAAUUUCCUGAUGUAUAUAAAUCAUUAGAAAAAUGCAUCUGCAAUCUAGAAGUGUGUGAUGGUUUCUCAGAUAUUUAAAGCAACAUCAUUUAAUGUCUCAAUUAAACCUAUGCAACUCAGUGAAAGUCAAUGAAAAUUUUUACCAUAACUAAACGGUCAUAAAAGAUGAAAAUCUUAAAAGGUAGAGUUAACAAACCAUACAUAACACUAUGAUCGUGUAGCACGUAAAUUUCAUACAUUAACUAAUAGUACAAGAUUGAUAAGCACAAAAAACUACAGUUGAAAAUAUUGACCAUAUCUAAUCCAGGUGAAAUAUGCAAAUCAUAUGCAUUAGUAGAUGGAAAAUGAAUACAAACAAUAAGAAGUAUAGUAAUAAUAUUGUUAUAAUGACUUGAUUAACAACUGAUGGAACAAUUGAUUGAUUAUGUUCUGGAUGAAAUGCAGUAACAUUGAAAAUUUUCUGUAUUUUACCAGCGUGUAAAUUUCCGUUUUCAUCUAUACUCUAAAAUGGUAAUUUCUUUUUUGUUUUUAAAAAUGGUUAUUCGAAAUCUAAGAGUAAUAAAAAAACUGACUAGAAUAAUGAAUAGAUAAGUUGUAAAUUGAGAUACUUAAAUGUAACUCACUAGAUAUGAGAGCUAGUGAAACUAAUUUUGUUGCUAAUACUGAAGUAGUUGAAGCCAAUUUCGAAUACAUUUAUCAUUAAGUCAGUCAAAACGAUAUGAAGUGCUAGAAAGUUUUAAACUUCAUCAACCAUUAUCGGCCUCUUGCAGUGAAAGCUAUCUAUAAAUAAAUAUUAGUAAUACUGAAGUCAGCCUAAAUGAAUGCAUUAAAAAUGAGGUUAGAAAUAUUUUAAUCAAUAGCCACAGAUUACGUUUUUUGGAUGUAUGUUCUUUCCAGAGAGUAUAUAAAAACUAACCAAAAUGAAGAAAUCCAAACUAGUAGUAGAAGAUAACUGUUCUCGAAAAAUUUACUUUAAGCUUUCGAAUUGCUUAGCUAAAUACACUAAUGACCUUGACUCAUCAUAUACUUUAACUUUUUUCAAAGUUAUGACAAGAUUUCAGGAUAUAUGGCAAUUACGAUCCCUUACGGCUCUAUUUCCAUUUCUUAAUAUAUACAUCUUGAAGUAAAAGUUAAAGAGAAGAAACUUAAUAUUUCUUAGACAAACGUCUUAGUAACAAUACAAUAACAGUCUAUGAUCUUUGGGUAUCAUGUUAGGAAAUUUCGGGGUAUUUUGAAAAUAUUUAGCUUAACAAUCCCAGAGUAGAUGACUAUGAAGUGAGUGCAAAAAUUAACGAGUAUGCACUUAGUAAUACUACUAUAUGGUAAAACACAGUAGGUUAAACAGCUCAUGUAAGAUAUGAUAAAGAAGCGAUCCGAUUUACAUACGUAAUUUUCUUAAAACGAGCUUAUAAAAACCUUCAUUUUUACAAUGAUUGCCGAAAUUCGAAUAAAUACUACUGCUAAGACUGACACGAAAAAUUUGGUCCUUCAAAUAGAAAACAUUACACUAUUAAUCCGUUUAUUUUUCAAUAACAAGCUUCCUUCGACUAAGCCUGAAAGUAAGUUCUGUUUAUUUCGUGGAAUCAAUAAGAAAAUCCAUUUGCGCAAUAUUCAGCAUCCGUAAAGUUUAAAACAAAUGAUGAAAAUUAAGAAUAUCUUAGAAAUCUAAUCAUUUGAUUGUAAGCUAGAAAUGUAUUUUGAGGAUAAGAUUUAAACUUGAGCGAGUGAACUGUAUUUUGAAAUUUUGAGUAGUUGAUCAGAAAUUUAGUGACUAAAUCAUUGAAACACACCAAUGAAAUGUUCAAUACUCAUUUGUCUAGUUGACACUAUUUUAAAUAAUGUGGUGUAAUCAGUUAUCAACAAACGAGUCCGUUUUUCUUGAAUUUUCAACUACCUACAUUGGGUUUUUCAUUUACACCGUAAUAUAUGACAAACAUGUUGAUACAAUAAAGCAAAGACUCAAAAUCAAAUACGAAAACAUCUGUUAAUAUCAACGGCAUAUAAUUAGUACAAAAUACAAACC